GAGCUCGGGGGCCAUUUUGUGAGGAGACGGAGAGCGAACGGUUGUGUGGUUCCUCGCUGUUGUAGCUCCGGCGUCUCGGCGUAGACUCCCAGUAGGAGAGGCGGUCUCUUCUCUCUCUCCUUCCUCUUGGGCAGCAAGGCGAACCCCAUCCUUACUCACUGGAGCUCAGCUUUGAUUUUUAACUUCCCUUCCCCACCUUUCCAGAACACACACAUUCCCAUUUCAAAAUUGAUUUUAUAAAGACAUUUUAAAUAUACUGAUGCAACUUGGUGUGCACUACGGCAAACAUACAGGUGUUUUUUUAAAAAUUAUUUCCAAAAAACAACAAAACAAAACAAACGGGACCUGGAUUUAAGAUGUAAUUUUUAAAAUUUCUAUUUCUAUUUUUUUCUGCAGCAGUUGGGUUAGAGGAGGAGCCUUUUAGCCUCAUAAACUGACCUCUCUACUUCCUCGUGUAUUUUUAAGAUUAACUGAUGAUGUGGAAAGGGCUUUGCUUGUCUGCUAUUGAGAACAUUACCCUUGCGGUUUUUGUGGAAACUGCUUUUGGAAAAGAAAAGAAUUGAACUUUACUGACUUGACAUUUUUAGACCUCCCGUUUUUCUAAUCUGGGCUAUUUUUAUUUUUGUUUUUUUACAGUGAGAUUUUUUUGAUCUUCAGCUACAGUAAGUUAUUACAAUUUUUUUUUUACAUUUUUCCUGACUUUCGCUGGUUUCCUUUUUAUUGUUGUUACUUACUAGUUAUUAUUAUUACUAUACUUAUAAUGGUGAUGAUGAUGAUGAUAAUGAUGAUUUUUAAACGGAUUAAAGUGGAGUUUUUCUGAAUGUUAACUUUCUUCAGCCUCCUGAUUGACUUUGGAGUUUUCCAUCUUGGGAGAGAAAGUGAAGGUGUUAGCAUUUUUAAGUAGCUUGAUCACAUAAACCCUUUCUCUCCCAACCCCACCCUUGCCCCCAACCCCUUCCCCACACUGGAAAUAAUUUUACUGGCUGUUAAGUCUUUGACCUUAUUUUUCCUGAUCUUUAACUUAACUGUUUUAGAGCAUCUCUGGACGUCUGUAUUUUUAAUUUUUUUUUAUUUUUAUUUUUUUUCUUUUUAAUCUUUCAUUUGUUAGAUUUUUAAACUGUGCUGCAAUAAAAUGUGUGUGGUACUAUUUAACACCUAUAAUGGUGAUGGCAUUUUCCCAAAAAGCCAUCUUCCUACUGUUUCCCUUGAAAUCCCAUCCUGCUUUUCCUGUACACUACCCCUCACAAACCACAAGCCACAGCAACAUGGAUGCCCAGUCUGGAGCAGCAACAGCCAGGAUGACCUGGAGCCAGGGGGGCCUUCGGAACAGAUGUAUACCCUUCCUGGGUGAUGUUUUCAGCUUUGUGAGAAACCUCAUCAUCAAAGGAGAUGGCUAGCAAUGUUACCAACAAGACGGAUCCUCGAUCCAUGAAUUCCCGUGUAUUCAUUGGGAAUCUCAACACUCUGGUGGUCAAGAAGUCUGAUGUGGAGGCCAUCUUUUCAAAGUAUGGCAAAAUUGUGGGCUGCUCUGUGCAUAAAGGCUUUGCCUUUGUCCAGUAUGUUAAUGAAAGAAAUGCCCGAGCUGCUGUAGCUGGCGAGGAUGGCAGAAUGAUUGCUGGCCAGGUUUUAGAUAUUAACCUGGCUGCAGAGCCAAAAGUGAACCGAGGAAAAGCAGGUGUGAAACGAUCUGCAGCGGAGAUGUACGGGUCAGUACCAGAACACCCUUCUCCGUCCCCUCUACUCAGUUCCUCAUUUGACUUGGACUAUGACUUUCAACGGGAUUAUUAUGACAGGAUGUACAGUUACCCAGCACGGGUUCCUCCUCCUCCUCCUAUUGCUCGAGCUGUGGUGCCUUCCAAACGUCAGCGUGUUUCAGGGAACACCUCACGAAGGGGCAAAAGUGGAUUCAAUUCGAAGAGUGGACAACGGGGAUCUUCUUCUAAGUCUGGAAAAUUGAAAGGUGAUGACCUUCAGGCCAUUAAAAAGGAGCUGACUCAGAUAAAACAAAAAGUGGAUUCUCUUCUGGAAAGCCUGGAAAAAAUUGAAAAAGAACAAAGCAAGCAAGCAGACUUGUCCUUCUCAUCCCCAGUAGAGAUGAAGAAUGAAAAGUCUGAAGAAGAGCAGAGCAGCGCCUCUGUGAAGAAAGAUGAGACUAAUGUGAAGAUGGAGUCUGAGGCAGGUGCAGAUGACUCUGCUGAGGAGGGUGACCUGCUGGAUGAUGAUGAUAAUGAAGAUCGGGGGGAUGACCAGCUGGAGUUGAAGGAUGAUGAAAAAGAGCCUGAGGAAGGAGAAGAUGACAGAGACAGCGCUAAUGGGGAGGAUGACUCUUAAGCACAUAGUGGAGCUUAGAAAUCUUAUCCCAUUAUUCAUUUACCUAGGCGCUUGUGAGAGAUGAAAGUAACAGCGGGUCAUCUCCCCUGGGGUCUUCUGCACAUUCUCACUGUUGUCCCGCCUUACCCUUCCUGUGUUCAUUAAUUCAUGAUUGCCCUGCGCCUAGUUACAGUUCCACUUCCUUUGAUGCUCCGUAGUAAUUUCGUUAAGUCUCACCUGUAAGUUUUGCUUUAAUUUUGAUACCUCUUUGACUUAACAAUAAAAAGUUGUAUGGUUUUUAUCAACUGUCUCCAAAAUAAUCUCUUGUUAUGCAGGGAGUACAGUUCUUCUAUUCAUGACUUCAGUAGUUGCUUCCCUAACUGCCCAGGCAUCUCGUUUACUUGUAACCCCAAGAGCAGCUUUGCAUUAGAGGUGUGUGUUUUCCCUCACAUGAGUGGGACUGUUACAACACGAAUGUAACCAUGUAUUUUUGUGAAUGGGAGUUGGCAUGUCAAAUGCAUCUUACAGGAAAAUAGUGUAAUAGUCUUAAUAUUUGUUUUCUAAAGUUAUACCAUGGGUUAUUUUUGUGAACAGCCUGAUGUUUGCGAUCUUUUUCUCAAAAAUAAACAGUUCCUUAUUAAACCAGGAAUUUGAAGGAAAGAAAAAAAAUAUUUUUUUUUGUUUUUCGAGACAGGGUUUUUCUGUAUAGGCCUGGCUGUCCUGGAACCCACUUUGUAGACCAGGCUGGCCUUGAACUCAGAGAUCUGCCUGCCUCUGCCUCCCCCGUGCUGGGAUUAAAGCCGUGCGCCACCACGCCCUGCUGGAAAGAAAGUUUUUUAAUUACAUUUUUUUUUAAUAGCAGCCUCCACAAAUCGUUAGGUUGUAUAAAUACAAUUUUCUUGAGUUACCAUCAUGCAUACCAAUAUAUAUGAAUAAAAGUCAUUUUGAGACCAUUGUUAACUUUAAAUAUUUUUGACACGGAGUGCUUGAAUGUUUCAGUUAUUGAUUAAAACCAGGUUUCUUUAUUGCAUUCUCAACCUGUGCCUCAAAAGUUUCAAAAUAGGAAAGCAUUUGUCUUUCCCGUUUUAUAUAGCAUUUGCCUUCCUAAGAACUGAGACUAUGAGAGUUAAAAUUACCCAUGUGAAGUACUCUUUCUUUUACCCCUUUUCUUGAUUUGUUUGAGUCAGCUUGGAACAUUUUGCUGUGUAAGACCUAACAUAAGGCUAAAGGUAUAAACAGGUUUGGGGGCUUGUUUAUUUAUUUUUGUAUAGCAGGCUAUAAAAAUCUUUUAUGCACACAGACUUUCUAUUUCUCAAAAAGAUCCUGUUCUGUAUAUCUAGCAUACAGUUGCAAGUUGAUGCUUUCAUACUAUGCAUUGUAGGCAGAAGUUCCUUUUCUAUGUAACCGAUGAUAAAGCUGAGUAGAGGCUGAUCUCGGGGCCACCCUUGGCUCCAGUGUGCAAAUAUAAAAAUGGCUUUUAUUGUGACCCCCUCUGCCCCCUCCCCCAAUCUUGAUAUUGUCUUGGGUUUUUGAGGAAUUGGCUAGAUAUCAGAGGUUAAAGAUGCUAAUAAAUAAAACCUGUUUAAAUAUGC